AUGAAGAGAAAAAACCAACACAGCAAGUACGAGGAUGACCAGGAGGAGGGACAAAGCGAUAGGGCAAAGAGCAGCCACAAAAAACAUGAAGAUAAGCGAAGGGGGGAGGAAAGAAGAAACAGUGACGCCAAAAGCGAGAGUAAGAAGGCGCACGAAAGGAAGAAGCACGAAGUGGAGAGUGGGAACAAGAAGGGGGGCGAUGACAGGCGGAAGAAGGUAAAGACGGAUGAGAGGCGCCAUGAGGAGAAGCGGCACGAGGAAAAGCGCCAUGAUGAGAGGCGCCAUGAGGAGAAGCGGCACGAGGAAAAGCGGCACGAGGAAAAGCGGCACGAGGAGAGACGCCGCGAGGAGACCCACCAGGAGGAGAGAAGGAACGCCAAGAAGAAACCCACAGACAAAAAGGACCCCCACAGGACGCACGAUGAUUCGCCACGCGCACAUGAGAGGAGCGGCCGCGACAGGCGCUCCCCCAACCACGGGGAUAGGAGGAGCCGGGACAGGAACGCCUACGCGCAUGGGAAGCGAGACCGAGAGAGGGAGAGAGACCAAGAAAGGGAACGCGAUCGAGAUAGGGAGAGAGACCAAGAAAGGGACCGCGAUCGAGAUAGGGAGAGAGACCAAGAAAGGGAACGCGAUCGAGAUAGGGACCGCGACCGGGAUAGGGAACGCGACCGGGAUAGGAACCGCGAUCGAGACCGAGAAUGGGGCCGCAACGCCGACCGUGGCAGCAGCAACAGGCGCGUCUCAGCAUCCCCGGAUGACAAGCGCCCCAGGAGAAGCGCAAGUCGACACGGAAACCCCCCAAUAGGCAACCCCUACGACGAAGAAAGGUACAGGCGAAUUCCAAACGACACGAGCGAUUACCACCUCAGACUCGAUCCCAAAGGUAAUACAAACGAUGACCGCUUCAGCAGUAUAAACCCAAACCUGAUGGACACUCACAGCAGAAAUGCUACCACAGGGUUAAUGUUCAACGACGUAGGAUAUAAUCUAACCAAUGGGUUAAGGAGGAACAUAGAUUCGAAGGAGAACAUGAGGAUGCAAAAUAGCUUACUUGGAGAGGAGAAAAAUAUUUUGGAGCCUCCACCCCCUGGGUUGAUGGAUCCGAAUAACCCAUGGUAUGAUCCCACAUUAGGAGACCUAAUGAGGAAUGGUAACCUUCCCCAAAAUGGUCCCUUUUUUUAUCAUGAGGAAAUGAACCUCGGAAAUAGAAAAAAUCUGAGUCUUAGGGACUAUAAGAUGAAGGGUAUGAAGAACAGCAGGGGGGGGAAGAAGGGGAAGAAGGCCAAAAAAAUGAGAAAUAUGAAGAAUAAGAACGCGGCUCUGUUUGGGAAUGAAGAUUUUUACGAUUCUGGUCUGCUUCUCCAUCCGCAUCACCAGCAGAAUCUGUUCAAUCAGUCGAUGCUCGCCAUGGAUGAAAAUAACAUGCUCAUGGGGGGGGUGCGAAAUUUUACCAAUUCGAACGGUGCAGCCAUCCCGGGGGCACCCCUCCCCUUUCAGAGCCACUCUAACUCGGGCAGCUUCCUCGGCUGCAACAACAAUGUUGGCAGCAGUAACGUGAGUAGUAGCGACCCUCCGGCGGGGGCCAACCUUCACAGUAACAACCUGGGCAGCGGCAACGGCCUGGGCAGCGGUAACAACGUCGGUAGCGGCAACGGCCCGGGCAGCGGUAACAACCCAUUUGGGGAAGGCCCAGCCGCCCCCAAUGCCACAGCUGCAAACCCCAGCAGCAUAAAAGGCGAAGCCACACAAAUGAUGAGCAGCAGCAACAUCGGACCUAAUAACGGGGCGGAAGAAGCUACGGAUUUUUUUCUCAAGGCAAAUAAAAAUCAAAUGCCACAGCCGGGUGGCCCUCCUGGGGAUCCAAACAGCAUCGCCGCCCCACCCCCACCGUACGCAGACAGUAGUUCUUAUGGUGGCAGGAAGGGCCUCCUGGGCAACCCCAGCAUGAUGAGCAACCCUAAUAUGAUAAAUAACCCCAACUUUAUGGGCAACCCGAACCUCAUCGGUAACCCUAACUUCAUCGGUAACCCUAACUUCAUGGGUAACCCUAACCUUAUUAAUAACCCUAACUUCAUGAACAACGGAGGACCGCCUCCCCUCCUGGAGAGUCCCCCCAUCAGACAGAUGAAAAAGACACAGGGGAAGAAGAACAAUAUGCUAGGUGAUAUAGACUCGAAGGACAACCCCCCCUUCGAACACACCACAGGGGUGAACAGCAUGAAUGUAGGUUUGAUGGGGAAUGCCAUUCCACCUCCACCGGAUGCGGAUAUGAGCAAAGGGAUACCUUUCACGGAGGGACAGCCGAGCCCGCCAGGAGUGUCAGGAGUGUCAGGAGUGUCAGGAGUGUCAGGCGUGCCAAACGCACCCAAUGUGCCGAGCCCACCCAACAUGCCUCGGUUCCAGAACCCACUGAUGAACCGAAGCGGAGUGAACCCCCCUCCCCCGUUUUCAAACUUCGCUAAUUCGAACAGUUCCCUCCUAACGAACAAACAAAAAAUGAAUAACGUAAAGAUGCUUGACAAAGGAGGCUCAGGAAAUCCAAACUACAUCUCCUUAAAUGCUAACAGUAUUCCAUUAAAUCCAAAUAUGAAUCCAAUGAACAGAAAUUUUAACAUGAACCCAAAUUUGAUGAAUCACCAGAAGAAUAAAGGACCUCCGUACACGUCGGAUGGUCUGUUAGAUGCACAUGAGGAGAGUAUGUUUGGUAUGCAUUCGAGUGCUGGUCCUCCUGGCAACAUGGGUAGUAGUAAAAGCUACAUGGGAGGACUUGAUCACGUGGAGGGUGCAUUGGGCUUGGGUAAUCCAACAAGCGGCAUGGAGAGCUUUUACGAAGAUGGGGGAAGACCACCCAACAGUCAUUUGCUAAUUGGAGGGGUGCCUCCCUCGUUGAGUCCUCCUUCUAAUGCUCCCUUCCCGGUUAGGUUUCCCAACAAUUCGGUUCUUUCGAAGAGUGGCCCCAACAUGGCAUGGGGGGUGGGAGCCGGGUUAAGUGGCAACGUCGGUGCAAAGGUAGGCGCAAACGUCGGUGCAAACCUCGGUGCAAACCUCGCUCCAAACCUCGGUGGGAACCUGCUGACCGGCCCCCCCUGUACUGCUGCCGCCAUGAUGAGGAACUACCCAGAUGCAGAUGAAGAUGGCUGGGGCUCGAACUACCUCCUCAGUGGUGGCUCGUUCAAUAGGCAUAAUAUCAUGGGUGAUAAAAAUAACAGUUCGCAACUUGAUGGGUUCGGGGUAUUCCCCGUGAACCACGGACCCAUGGGUUCUACAUCUAUCAGUAAAGAUGGAAACGCGUUAAGAGGACACCCCGUAGAUAUGGACCCAACUUGGGAUCCCCAUUUCGAUGCUCGCAGUGGAAAACCCCAUCCGGAUGGAGUCAACGAAAGGGGCAACUCUUUUCGUGGUGAGAUGGAACCAAUCGGUUCGGCUGAUUCAGAUCGCAUUAGUGAUUACAGAAGGGAAGACCAAAGCGAUGCACCGUUUGAUCACCACAAGGAGAAUGCACAGGAGGAGGAGGAAAAUGAUCACCGUGCUGUUGCCAACGACGGACGUGCGAAACACGUAGCUAUAGAUACGCAGGGCCAUGGUGGCAAUAGGAAGGCACUAACACGAGAGGAGAAACUGCACGAAUGGUUGGAGGAGCAGCUAAUGAAUCAGACGAAUAUAAUCUCGGACGCCCUGCAUCUGAUUCCAUUGUGCAUGCAGAGCAGUAGGAAGGAGCCCCUUGCGGAAGCAGAACCCAUGGGAAAUAACCCAAAUGGGGAAGCACAAACAAAAAGGAGAGGUCUCCAGGAGAAGGUACUCACGAAUGGAUUCUACCCAAGUGCACACAUCCAGGGAAGUAAAAACUUCUCCUUUAAUGAGAGAAUGUCCUACAAGUUGCGUGAACAAGAACACAUGAACAGGCAGAUGCAGAUGCAGGCGCAGAUGCAGACACAGACACAGACGCAGUUACUUCCAGAACCCGUAAAGGACGAAUCCACAGAGGAGUCAGACCUUCUGAGCACCAUGAGAAAUUUCCUCCUCACAUCAAGUGACGAAUUUUGUGUCGAACCCGUUUUGGGAACUGCAUCUACAUCUAUGCAGAGGAGCGAGCGAUUCCUUCUCCGCGAUGACGACCCAUUGAAUGAAAGUCUGUUCAUAAGUAGGGAUGGGAAACAGGUGGAGGGAGCAGGCGCCGCCGGUGAGGAGAGCAGCAACCCUGGGGAGGAGAGCGGCAACCCUGGGGAGGACGAACAACCCAGUGCCACUGCCACCGUCACUGCCGCUGCCCAUGCCAAAGAGUCGAACCACCAGGAGACAGAGACAAAUGGUGAACCAGACGAAAACACUAAUAGCUAUUUCAUCAAGCUGAUGAAGAGCAGACUUAAGAACCCACUCUCGAUUCUCACCGGUUUGAGCAAGAAGGAUCCAAAAAAAGAGGAACACCAACAGGGUGAACAUAAGGAUGAAACAGAUGCAGCGAAUCUCCCAGGGAAGGAAGUGUCACCAGGGAAGGAAGUGUCACCAGGAAGGGAGGAGUCACCAGGGAAGGAAGUGUCACCAGGAAAGGAGGAAGACUCUCCAAACGGGUUCAUACAUGCAGAUGUGGAAAUCGGAAAAGGUCAUUUCGAUUAUAAGCACUAUCUCCUCAAACUGCUGCUGCUGCAAAAUAGGACCCAAGGGAAGAAACACCUUAUGGAUAACAACAAGGGAUGGGUAGAUCAAAUGGACGUAUCUUCCACCAACCUGUUCAUGCUGAACAGCUACGGCAUCACGUCGGAAGAUGCAGUCAACCUUUACUGA